AUGGACGAGCCUCAAACAGAAUCUCAGGCCGCCGCCGUCGACGAGACGCAGCUCUCCAACUCCGACACCUUCAUCCCCCCAUCCGUCACCAGAGACGCCCUCCUCUCCGGCGCAUCCUCCCGCCACUUCUCCCCCGUCCCGGACUCCCUCAAGCCCUCGACCCCGGGCGACCCCUCCACCGCGCCGCCCUGCUGCCUCGGCGUCGACGAGGCCGGCCGCGGGCCCGUCUUCGGCCCCAUGGUCUACGGCGUCUUCUACCUCCCUAUCCCGAUGUCCGAGCCCCUCCUCCGCACCACCCACCACUUCGACGACUCCAAGGUCCUCACCGCGGCCGUCCGCUCCUCCCUCAUGCGCGCCCUCUGCACCCCCUCCACCGACCUCCACGCCUCCUGCGGCUGGGCCACCGACUCCCUCUCCGCCCGCGACAUCGCCGCCAACAUGCUCAAGCCGGGCGGGGCGUACAACCUCAACGCCCAGGCCAUGGACGCCACCAUCGACCUCAUCCGCUCCGUCUACGCCCUGGGCGUCAACGUCACCGAGAUCUACGUCGACACCAUCGGCCAGCCCGCCGCCUACCAGGCCAGGCUGCAGCGCCUGUUCCCCACCGCCCGCGUCACCGUCGCCAAGAAGGCCGACAGCCUGUACCCCUGCGUCAGCGCCGCCUCCGUCUGCGCCAAGGUCACCCGCGACGCCGCCCUCGAGGUCCUGUGGGACGCCAGGGGCGAGGAGGUUUCCGCCGGCGGUGAGGGCAGGAUGGGCUGGGGGUCCGGGUACCCUAGGGACGCGGGCGCGUGGAUGAGGCCCAACAUGCACCCCGUCUUCGGCUGGGGGCACGAGUGUCGCUUUAGCUGGGGCACGGCCAAGGAUUUGCUUGAGGGUAAAGAGGGCGUCAAGGUUGACUGGCCGGCCGAGGACGACGGCGAGAACAAGCUCACUGACUUCUUCGUUUCUGGGAACAAUGACGGCGAGGCAGAUGAGCUCGGGGGUUGGUUUGGGAGCUCGACGGGCCUGGAGGCGUUUUAA